AUGUCUCUCUCUGUCCUCACACCUGGCUCUUCUCGACAGCUUUCCUCCUAUAGUCUUGGAGGUGGUGGAGGAGGAUCUAUCAGAUUAUCUAGUGCUGGAGGAUUUAGUGGUGGUUCCAAAUUUUCUGGAGGUUAUGGCGGGGGAGGUUAUGGUGCUGGAGGUUAUGGUGCUGGAGGUUAUGGCGGGGGAGGUUACGGUGCUGGAGAUUAUGGCGGGGGAGGUUACAGUGCUGGAGGUUAUGGCGGGGGAGGCCUGGGUGGCAGCCAGGGUGGCGGCCUGGGUGGCGGCCUGGGUGGUGGCUUGGGUGGCGGCUUUGCUGGUGGCAGCUUUGCCGGAGGCUUCGGUGCUGGCUUUGGGGGGGGAGAUGGGGGUCUCCUCACUGGUGACGAGAAGCAAACGAUGCAGAAUCUCAAUGACCGCCUUGCUAAUUACCUGGGCAAAGUGCAUGAUCUUGAAGAAGCAAAUGCAGAGCUUGAACGCAAAAUCAAGGAUUGGUAUGCAAAGUUCAGCACUCCAGAAACUGAUCGAGACUACAGCAAAUAUUUUAGAAUAAUUGAAGAUCUUCGGAAUCAAAUAUGCAGAGCCACUAUUGAAAAUGCUGGGCUCGUUUUGCAAAUUGACAAUGCUCGACUUGCUGCUGAUGAUUUCAAACUUAAGUUUGAAAACGAACUGUUCCUACAUCAGAGUGUGGAGAGCGAUAUCAAUGGCCUCCGAAGAGUCUUGGAUGAUUUAACUAUGAAUAGGUCUGACCUAGAGUUGCAGAUUGAAAGCCUGAAUGAGGAAAUGGCCUACCUCAAGAAGAACCACGAAGAGGAACUAAGGAGCUACCGAGGGGCGGCUACUGGUGAUGUCAAUGUUGAAAUGGAUGCUGCCCCAGGAGUUGACCUGACUAAGCUACUGAAUGACAUGAGAGGCCAGUAUGAAGAACUUGCAGAUAAAAAUCGUAGAGAAGCAGAAGAACAGUUCAACAAACAGGUCGGAGCCCUGAGGCAAGAGAUAUCUGCUAAUGUGGAUCUGCUGAGCUCAAGCAAGAGUGAAAUCACUGACCUAAGGCGCAACCUGCAAGCACUGGAACUGGAGCUGCAAGCCCAACUCGCCAUGAAACAAUCCCUUGAAGGCACUUUGGCAGAAACCGAACGAAAUUACUGUAAUCAGCUCGGCCAGAUACAAGGUCAGAUCAGUAGUUUCGAAGAACAGCUUCUGCAGGUUCGGUCUGAAAUGGAGAACCAAAAUGCAGAAUAUCAGCAGCUUCUAGGGAUCAAGACGCGUCUGGAGCAGGAGAUUGAGACCUAUCGCCGCCUACUGGAUGGAGAAGGAGGUGGUUUUGGGUCUGGAUUUUAUGGAACUACAAGCUAUAGUUCUGCAGCUUCAGGAAGCUCCAGCAAAGAGCCAAUGAAAACCAGAAUGGUUAAGACAAUUGUAGAGGAAGUGGUUGACGGCAGAGUAGUCUCAUCACAAGUCAAAACUGUUGAAGAAAAGCCAACUAAAUAAAGAUCAGGAGACUGCAAACAGCCCUUUCU